UCAGGGCUGGGAAAUCUGGUCACCUUACAAACUGUUAAUAUUAAGAAUCAUUACCGAGCUUGCGUAGUAAUUAUAUUAUUAUUGAGUAAACCCGUUGAUAAUAACUUCAAUUUUUGAUAGUUUAAUGAUUCUUCCAACUUUAUUAUAUCUAAACCGUUCUGCAACCGACUAUUCACGUUGUGUCAACCUUAUACAUAGCAACGUCUUUCAAAUAAUUAAACGGUCCAAGCAUGGCAACAAUGCUAAGAUUUAUGAUCAACCCCGUCGAGUUGCAAAACGCCAUCCAAGCUAAGCACGAUCAAGCCGAAUUGUCGAGACGCUCACACUUUAUCGCGGCACGUAAAAUUCAGGCCUGGUUCCGCGGUGUCGUCACUCGCGCUCAUCUCCGUAGUCUCCACCAGCACGCGACGAUUCUGCAACGUCAUUGGCGUGGUUACCGCACCAGGAUACUCUUCAGGCGUUACCUGAUCAAAUAUGUUCAACAGAUGUGGCAGGAUUAUUACAACAGCAUGGCGACGAGAAUCCAAGCCGUUUGGCGGGGUUAUUGGACGAGAAAAACGCAAAUAAAUUUCGUGCAGCUGCGACGAUGGUUACAAGCGGUUCAUGCAAAGAACGAUGAAGUUUUAGAGAACAUGAAAAAAUACAGGCAGACGGAACUCGAACACAUAGAAAACGCGGCCGAGCAAGAAUCGCUACUACGAAUUCUGUUCAUUCUGUUUAAGCUGCACCAUUUGCUGAGGACCGAAUGUCGUCCUGGUGUUAUCACGAGGAUCGACCAAACUCGCUUCACGUACAUCGAGGAUAUGCUCAAGUGUCUCCAGUACAAACGUUACGUUCCGAGAGCAAAAUCUCUUCGCCGAGAUCACAAGACCACACAUACACACAACCAUGGGUCUGUCUCAAUCUCCGGCGACACUUAUUUGGAAAAAUGCAAGAGAAAAAUGCGACAGUUUGAGCAGAGUUUGCGAAUCGGGAAUGUACCUGUUUUCAAAAGCACAGUUGAUCAUCCUUUCAAGAGAGAUAGCAGAACUAUUACGAAAAACGUGAGCUCGAGUGACGGACGAAGUAACAAAUAUUCCGGCGGAUGUUCACAUCAAAGUUUCACACCUAUCGAGCUGUACGAAGCUAUCGACAGGAUGGAUUGCCGACUGGAUCGUCUUUGCCUCAAGUGUCCUAUCCACGGUCUCAUUUUUUGAAAUUGUGCGCGGAGGAAAGCACAAUUUCACGCGUGCAUUCCUCAGUCACUAACGAGCUCGACUGAGGAAUUCAUUGCAAAUUUAUGCUGAUAAAUUCUUUUCUGCAGCUUCUAUAGCGUUUUUUUCGCGUAGCUUUCUAUUUAAUAGACAAUUGCCCAUCGAAAUCAGUCCGAUCGUGGUUUGUUAACAGGAAAAUAAAGGAGUGACUAA